AUGCUACCCUUUCUGUUUCUGAUAUUACUGCUACUGCCUCAGACCAUGUCUGAUGUGCCAGUUGCUACUUGCAAUUUCUAUUACCCUCUGCCAAUAAGUCACCGGUAUUAUCAGCCAGGAGACCUCAGCAUUGCUGGUAUUAUUUCUCAAGUCUAUACAUUUUCUGACCUUGUGACUUUCAAUCAGCAUCCAGCUCACAACCUCCUAGAUGAGAUUGCCCAUUUUGUUGCAAGUUGGACUUAUCUCGCCUCACUGGAGCUUCUCUCCACAUGGAGCAACUUCACCCCGAACUACAAGUGUGAUAGUAAAGAUAAUAUCAUUGCAGUCAUUGGGGGACCAGAUUCAGAUGUUAGUUUCUUUAUGGCAACUAUUCUGAGCAAUUACAAGAUACCGCAGCUUGGAUAUGGUUCUUCUCCUGUGAUUAAUAAACCAUCUCAACAAGUCUUCUUCCAAUGGAUGUUCCCUAAUAUAAAGCAACAAUAUGUGGGGAUGCUGCAGCUGCUUUUGCUUUUCACAUGGACCUGGAUUGGUAUUAUUUUUAUAGAGGAUGACAAUGGCCUCAGAUUUGUACAAAAGGAGCUUCCAAAGUUUUCCCAAGGAGGUAUUUGCUUUGAUUUUAUAGAACCAUUGCCACCUCUAUAUUUUAAAACUGGCAUUCAUGAAAUGGUAGAGUCAUGGGUCAAACUGUACCUCUUGAUAAGUGAUAGCACUGUCAAUGUUGUGGUCUUACAUGGGGAAAUUCAUACUAUGAUCGUUUUGAGAAUGUUUCCCAGAAUUCCAGUAUUUGAAGACAUUCCUAGCAAGACAAAUGGUAAACUAUGGAUAAUGACAGCCCAGAUGGAGUUCACAUCUAUUCCUUUGCAACGAUAUUGGGACAUAGAUAUACUUCAUGGUUCCUUAGCCUUUGCAACUCAGUCAAAAGAGCUGGUAGGUUUCCACAAUUAUCUUCAGAUGAGAAACCCUUAUGUGGAAACCAGAGACGGUUUUAUUAAGGACUUUUGGAAACAGGCAUUUGAUUGUUCCUUCUCAACUUCAUUCAAAGAGGACAAUGUUUGGAAUCACUGUACGGGGAAAGAGAAGCUAGAGGCUCUUCCCAAGUCUGUUUUUGACAUGACCAUAUCCUCCCAAAGCUAUGGUGUCUACAAUGCAGCUUAUGCUGUGGCCUAUGCACUGAAAUCCAUGAGGUCAUCAAUAUUGAAACACAGAAUUAUGUCAGAGGAGGGACAAAAGAAGCUCUUGAAUCAACAAUUGUGGCAGUUCCACCACUAUCUACAAAAAGUGUCAUUUAACAACAGUGUUGGGGAAAUUAUUUCCUUUGAUCAGAACGGGAACCUAGAAGCAGGAUUUGAUAUUAUCAACUGGAUCACAUCCCCAAAUCUAAGUCUACAUCGAGUCAAAGUGGGAAAAUUUGAUCUCAGAGCCCCCAGAGACCAAGUGUUCAGUGUUUCUGCGGCUGCCAUUCGGUGGCCAAAGACAUUUAACCAGACGCAGCCUCUGUCUUUGUGCAAUGAACCCUGCCAUAAAGGUCACAGCAAGACCAAGAAGGAAGGGAAGCCAUUUUGUUGUUACAAUUGCCUUCCAUGUCCAAGACGAAAAGUUUCAAACCAGAUGGAUAUGGAUUUUUGUUACCAGUGUCCAGAGGAUCACUAUCCCAGCAAAGCCCAGGAUCAGUGUAUUCCAAAAGAGAUCAGCUUCCUAUCUUUCCAUGAACCUUUGGGGAUUACCUUGGCCAUUUUUGCUCUUUUAUUUUCCUCCAUCACAGCCUUGGUCCUCAAGGUCUUCAUUCAGCACAAGAACACUCCCAUAGUCAAGGCCAACAAUCGGGGCCUCAGCUACACCCUCCUGGUCUCCCUUCUGCUUUCCUUUCUCUGCCCUUUGCUAUUCAUUGGUCGCCCUCAGAGGGCAACCUGUCUCCUUCGCCAAACUGCUUUUGGUAUCAUUUUCUCUGUGGCGAUUUCUUGUGUGGUGACCAAAACCCUCACUGUGGUCCUAGCUUUCAUGGCCACCAGGCCAAACUCCCAGAUGAGGUCAUGGGUAGGGAAAAGAUUGGCCCUUUUUAUAGUACCUUCCUCCUCCCUCAUUCAAACCAUUCUUUGUAUUGUGUGGCUGGUGAGCUCUGCUCCCUUCCCAAAUCUUAAUAUGCACUCUCUGCCUACAGAAAUGGUCCUGGAGUGCAAUGAAGGCUCCCCUGUCAUGUUUUAUUGUGUCCUGGGUUUCAUUGGUCUCUUGGCUAUGAUCAGCUUUUUAGUGGCUUUUCUUGGAAGGAACCUUCCAGACAGUUUCAAUGAAGCUAAAUUUAUCACCCUCAGCAUGCUUCUUUUUUGCAGUGUCUGGGUCUCUUUUGUUCCAGCCUACCAGAGCACCAAAGGGAAAUACACGGUGGCUGUGGAGAUCUUCUCCAUCUUAGCCUCAGGUGUUGGAUUACUGACCCUCAUUUUCUCUCCCAAAGUUUACCUCAUCUUGAUAAGACCUGAACUGAAUAACAGACAACAACUUAUGAGAAAACCCCAUAAAUAUUAUCAGCCAGGGGAUCUCAUCAUUGCUGGCAUUAUUUCUCAAGCCUACAUAUUUUCUGACCCUGUGACUUUCAAUCAACACCCGUCUCAUAAUCUCCUGGAUGAGAUUGGGUAA